AUGUUAGCGCGAGAACAAGUCUCUGGACUAAAGUGGGUCCAAAGAAGACCACAGGAGGGACAGGACAACCCCAGGCUCUCUGCAGACCAGACCCAGGCUCUCUGCAGGACAGACCCAGGCUCUCUGCAGGACAGACCCAGGCUCUCUGCAGGACAGACCCAGGCUCUCUGCAGGCCAGACCAAGGCUCUCUGCAGGACAGACCCAGGCUCUCUGCAGGACAGACCCAGGCUCUCUGCAGGCCAGACCAAGGCUCUCUGCAGGACAGACCCAGGCUCUCUGCAGGACAGACCCAGGCUCUCUGCAGGCCAGACCAAGGCUCUCUGCAGGACAGACCCAGGCUCUCUGCAGGACAGACCCAGGCUCUCUGCAGGCCAGACCAAGGCUCUCUGCAGGACAGACCCAGGCUCUCUGCAGGACAGACCCAGGCUCUCUGCAGGCCAGACCAAGGCUCUCUGCAGGACAGACCCAGGCUCUCUGCAGGCCAGACCAGGCUCUCUGCAGGACAGACCCAGGCUCUCUGCAGGACAGACCCAGGCUCUCUGCAGGACAGACCCAGGCUCUCUGCAGGCCAGACCAAGGCUCUCUGCAGGACAGACCCAGGCUCUCUGCAGGACAGACCCAGGCUCUCUGCAGGACAGACCCAGGCUCUCUGCAGGACAGACCCAGGCUCUCUGCAGGCCAGACCCAGGCUCUCUGCAGGACAGACCCAGGCUCUCUGCAGGCCAGACCCAGGCUUUCUACAGGCCAGACCCAGGCUCUCUGCAGGACAGACCCAGGCUCUCUGCAGGCCAGACCCAGGCUCUCUGCAGGCCAGACCCAGGCUUUCUACAGGCCAGACCCAGGCUCUCUGCAGGCCAGACCCAGGCUUUCUACAGGCCAGACCCAGGCUCUCUGCAGGACAGACCCAGGCUCUCUACAGGACAACCCCAGGCUCUCUGCAGGCCAGACCCAGGCUCUCUGCAGGCCAGACCCAGGCUCUCUACAGGACAACCCCAGGCUCUCUACAGGACAACCCCAGGCUCUCUGCAGGACAACACCAUCAGACCCUACACCAUCAGACCCUACACCAUCAGACCCUACACCAUCAGACCUACACCAUCAGACAACGACAGCACACAUAA